AAAUUCUAGCCUAACUCGUCUGAGUUGUAAAUACUUUUCAGAUAUAACAUCGCAUUCGAAUCGUCUUAUGUUCAUCAAAUUUUUAUUGUUAUUUAAUCAUACAUACAAAGUUCAGUGUGUGCGUGUGUAUGUGUAUCGUAUAUAAAAGAUGGAGAGUAACAAGUUAGAAUUUGGUCACGUUUGGGACAAUCACAUUAACAACAACAACAAUAUAUACUUAUGUCCUUCAAUCGCUUUGCGACAUGAUGAAGCAUGGACGAGAGACAGCAGAAGGUUAAACAUCGCUUGCAGGAUUGCGGCAGGAGUUAUGACAAGAAAUCGAUGACUUCCACGUGGCAUUUCGCUUAAUAUCUUUCUCGACGACGAUCGAAAUUUGACGGGUGAAUCAUGUCGUCUUCGAGGCCCAGACGGCCUAGCGUAUCGAUCUAUGAUUAUCCGGAACAUCUGAAUCCGUUCAACGAUGACACGACAAGUUCUCAGCCGCAAGUACAUCACGAGGGUAAAUCGUCGAAAGAAUCCAGACACAAGUUCUGGACGUUUGGCAGAAGCCGAAAGAAAAGAUCGAACAGCUUCUCGAUCAAAUCGACUUGGAAUGGAUUGUUUGGAAAGCGCAAAGAAAAUCCAGAAUCGGUGGAAAAGAGGUCGACGAUUACAACAGUCUCGACUACGUACAAAAGAGAACCUUAUGACAGACCGACAGCACCUUUACGACUGUCUAAGGAUCAGCAAGAAUUUGAUGAAGCCUUGGGAACUUUGACAAGGAGAAGGAAGUACACUUUCGACAACACCUCAAGAUAUAGCUCGAAUUUAACGGUAAACGGAGAUCCUGCUAAGAUCAGUGAUGGAAAUCCUCAAAAUACUACAACGUCUAUCAUGAGCGUUAAUCUUACUCCGAAACCACCAGCCAGAAGAUUUGGACAGGUGAGCCCAAGGCCAACGGACAAGAUACCACCUUUGAAUUUCGAAGACAAGCAAAAUGGUAGUGUUAAUUGUCACGAUAAAUCAGAGGAGAUCCCGAUUCCACCAAUGCGAAGAUUCGGCAAUAGAUCAUCGCAAAGAUUGAGUGGAACCACGUUGGAGGAAGAUUCGACAAAUCGUUCCGGUAACAUUAGCCUGAGGGACGAGAACGAAAAUGUGCCCGAGGAUUACGUUUUUAAGAGAUUCAACCAGGACGCUGUGAGAAGAUCGAAUUUGUCCAUCAACAGUUGUAUAUCCGUUACCAGUACGACAAGUACGUACGGACGUAAAAAACGGAGAGCACCGCAACCGCCGAAACAGAAGGAACAAUUGGAUACUCCUCUGGAAGGCAAUUGUCAAUCUGCAGCGGAGGCCAAUAAAAUAGAACCUAUAUCAGAAACGAGUAAACUUGAACUCCGAAUAACCGAGCCGAUCGACAUCGCCAGGGUCACUGAAAACAUCGAUGAAAUGAAAAAGCCUUGCGAAGAAUUGAACGAGACGUCGCUCCGGAAAGAAGAGAAGCAAGCGGAAUUAUAUCUGAAAACUACUAAAGACACGCCGUCUGAUAAUGUUACGAAGAAUACCGGGAGGAAUGAAAUAUGUGACAUUUCUAAGAACUGCGAGUCUGAGGAGAAGAAAGAAAAAAAGGAUCUUUCGGAAGAAAAAAUACUUGAAUCUGAUGGAAAAUCAGAGAAAUCUGAAUCCGAGUCGAAAGUAAAUGAGAACUCAAACAUUAUUAUUGUUAAGGAUACGGUCGAGAAAGAUUCCGUGGAUAUAGAAUAUAGAAGAACGUCUCAGGAAAAGAUCGAGAUCAUCAAGGAUAUUGAUGAAGAAUCUGAUGAAGUUUGUCUGAGAAAAAAGGGUUCGUCCAGCACAUUAUCGCGAAGCGACAGUUUUUCCGUGAAGGAGGAAAUUGAAAAGAUCGAGAGACAGAUCAAGGCAUUGGAAAGUAAAAACGCAUCUAAUGAGCAAGAAGAUAUCGACGAUGUGUGUUCCGAUGAUCCGAUAACGAGCACCAGAUUAUCUAUCCAGGCGAAUCGCCGACACUUUUUCGAAAAUAUGGUGGAUGGGCCGUCUGGUCCAGUUAAGUUGGAAUUCAAGAAAUUGCCACGUGAACAGAAUGACAUUCAUGUGGUCAGAUUAACGGAUUCGCCAAUACCAAUCGCAGCGUCUCGCGAUCCGGUAAAAGUGAUCGAAUUACACAUUUCUGAACCGAUCAAACAUAAACCCGAGCUUUUGGACGAAGUAAAUCCCAUACCAAAACCCAGGAGACACAGUGCGCUUAGUUUAAGAGACACAUCUGAAUUUAAAUCAAAGGACGAAAACAAAAAUUUAAAAGACGAUGAUAACAGAGGAAAGUCUUUUUAAAAUCUUAAAUCUUCGAUCGUAUCCGUUCCCAAUGAAAUUCUGUUGUUUUCAUGAUUUUUACAUGCAUUGAGGAUAUAAUUGUGUUUAGUAAUUUAUCAUAUAUGAAUCUAUUAUAUAUGAAUUAUUCAAAGACUGUAAGUACAUUCUAUAUUAUGUACCUUUGUUUUCUUAGAUUGCAAUGAUUUACAUAACGCGUCGAAUAUAUUUUUUUUGCAAAAAAAUUUACUGCAGAGAACUUUAGCAUUUCUAUUUAAUUGAUAAUUAUACAGUGAUAAUUAUACAUUAUCUUCAUUUCUGAUAUUUUACUGUAACAAUUUAGCUAUUAUUUUCGUUAUUUAUUGAUAUGAAAUAAAGCAUAAACUGUCAAGAAA